AUGGUCAUCGAGUCGACGACCGAGCCGCCAGACCUUUGUGUGCAAAGGGACGGGCCGCGACAUGUGAGCAUCGAGGCGCCCCAAUGCCGCACAACUCCAAGGCAGAAGGAGUCCUUCGAAGUGACGCGAGUCUUGCCGUUGAACGCCACGCCCGAGGAGAUAUUUGCAGGCUCGGAUGUCCGUCCCCUGCUCCUCCCCACCGAGGUUAGAUUUGGAGUUCCGAUGUCACUCGCCCCUAAUCCCUUCACGCUCACAUCCAAAACAAAUCUCAAACAAAAACGAGGUGUCGGCGGUCCCGUUGUGGAUUGGCUGUGGGACGGCUUCAAUGCCGUGGUGUUGUCCUACGGGCAGGCCCGUUCGGGCAAGACAUCACUCCUGGUUGGAAAAGGCGCGCCGUUAACAGAAACGCCUGGAGAGAGCAGUCAACGAGCACAAUGUUUCCUGAACGGGAACUCAGAGCCAGUCGGGAUCGGGAGUGGAAGGCUAGGGAAAGGACGACGGAGAGGCGACAAGGAAGGCUUACUGAAAGACAUCUUGAGAGAUAUCUUCGACAAGGCAGCCGCCGCAGGGCCCGCUGAUGCAGCCGACCCCGUCCUCGUCGCCUGUCAAGAGAAACAACUAUCUCCCACCACUGGGGAACCACCCUAUGAAAUUUGUAACCCUUUGGCGGGAUCAUGGUCACCAUCUCGGCACGCGAACGACAGCCCGGGAUUCGAUGUCUGCCCAGGCGGUAUCGGCACUCUGCUUGGCACCCAAGAACUUACCCCCCGCGGUGGUGGGACAGCAACAGUGCAAACUAAAGUAUCUGGAAUAGAUUCUCAGCGUUGGGAAGGGAGGAGGGACAGUGCUAAACCGGUGGCGACGGCAGACCGGAUAUACGGCAGCGAGAUCAUGAAUGAGACGGGGAAACAAACAACACGUCCCAGUUUAACCGGCGAGAGCGGGCGUAUAGCUGUUGUGGCGCUAAGCGCCUGGGAGGUGGCGGGGAAGCACGUGACGGAUCUGUUCGUAGAUCCAUCACCAGACAGCGGCAGCACCGGCGGUAGUAAUGACGGGAGGAAGGACAGCAUGGGGAACAGUAGCAGCAGUAUCGAAGUAAAUGACAAGGGCACGAGGGGCGUGGGGGGGCGUAGUCGGAGCCGAAACAGGAGCAACAGGAAUCGAGCGGCCGGGUCGGGCUGUUCUCGAGAAGGUGGAAACCGGGGCGGCGGCAGACGGAACAGCAGGGGCCGUUCCGGAAGCGAUGACUCUUCUUCCACGGGGGCGGGGUGGCCAACUGGCUACCCCGAGGGCUUUCUUUCCGUGCGGGCGCCGAAUCUCAGCACCGCGUUGGAGCUCGUGGACGCUGCCCAGAGCCGAUGUAGCGCCUGCCGAAGGCAGAGGGCCAUCGCGACGAGCGAAGCUGCGAAGGGGAGCAGGGGGAAAGGAGGCGGCGGGGGGAAGGCGGGAGGCGCUGCUGUAGCAGAGUCUGCGGCUGCUGCCGCAAACAGCAGUCACGUUUUCUUUCGGGUCGUGGUCUACAAUACUCUAGAAGAGACCGCGAGCACGCUACACAUGGUUGAUCUCGCGGGAGGCUGGGAGCCUCCCAGUGAGAAGCCUACAGGCAGGCGCGGAAGCAAAUGUUCGGGGAUGGGGACGGUUAGACCCAGCGCCGUUUCUCGGGAAUGGAACAGCUUUGAUGCGAUGAUGGUUGGGUUGGUUCCACCGCCCCCGCCUCCACCUCCAGCGACCGCCGUGCCGCACAACAGAGUAAACGGCAGCGACUGCAACUGCGGACACAUAGAGAAAGGGGGCAUUGCGUGCGAUGCUGACAGGGCUACGGCAGUAAAAGCAGCGGCAGCGGCGUCGGGGUCGCGGCCUGCACCCCCACCGACGGCACAUCCUGUGUUUGGGUCCCCAAAAGGAAAGACGUUCGGCGGUGGGGGCGGAGGCAAGCUGGUAGAGACCCUCCGACCGCUGAUUUCGGGGAACACGCGUACGUGGCUGGUCGUGUCGGUCGGUGGGGAUGGCAAGGGUGGGGGAGGGGCGGCAUGGCGGGCCCUGGAUGUCGCUCGGCGGGCUACGGGUAUCUCAACAACGUGCAUCCGUCUUAGAGGAGUAGCCCUCACCGACCUUCGCUUGCGGAGCUCGAGCGAGGUCCUCCCUGUGGCCGACGGUUGUGGCACUUCCAACCCCGAAGACGACUUCAGUGCCUCUAUCAAUGGCGCGAGCAACCGGCGGAGAGUUCGGACCCGCGCUUCUACAUCCGCUACCUCUGUUGAUAUAGGUACUGCCCUAACCGUAGGUUCACCACUGAACGAGCCGAGUCGUGUUGAGCAAAGCCUGCUGUCGACAGCGGGGGGCGGUCAAAAUUCUACCACGUUUGGCUCUCCCGAGCCGGAACAGGUCCUGCAUGCACCCAUAUCGCUGGGACCUUCGUUGUCUGGCUUGUCGGAAGGCGAACGAUCGUUGUUUUCCUUUAGAGAAAGAACAGGAGACGGAGGAGAAGAACGUGCGGGGUCCAGUAGCGUGGACGAGUUUCUAGCGGGGUUUGUGCGAGGAGGUGGUGACGAUGACGAUCGACCGCGACCAAUGUCUUCAGGCGGAGUGGUUCAGGCCGACGUUACGCUGGAGAACGAGCCAGAACAGGCCACGCCUGCUGGGCAACUCAUCGCCGCCGCCUUAGGGGGGCGGGGAGACGAAAAUAGGAGCGGCGUUGAGAAGGGAAAACCUUCCAGGAACUCAAAACCAACAGCCUUUGCAGCGUCUGUAGUUCAGGGUAGCCUAAGCUUCGGCGAGCAGCGGCAGCAUUAUCAGCAUGCACCACAACUCCAGGGUUCGCGUUUGAGACCCGGUGGCCGGGCGGCGACCGUCGGCCCGAAGCCGUCGGCGGAUACGCCAUCAACGACGUCGUUUGCGUACAACGGUGGCGGAUCUCCUCGAGGGUUCGAAAACGACGGCGGAGAGGAGGACGACGACGACCCGCCAACAACGCUGAGGGAGUCAAGACUCAGAAGUGAGGCCUUCAGUAGAAAAGUCGCCGCCGGUGAGCCGGGGGUUGAAAAUGCCGAAGCGGAGUCUCCGGCGGAGUCUAGGGCAAGAGAGAACAUCGAUCUCAUGAUGUCGUCGCUUCUGGAAGAGGUGCUCCCGGAUAGACGCAGAGCAAGUUCUACCGCCGGACCGGCAGUGGCUUCAUUGAGUAGUGAAGGCGGUGGAGGGCAUCAUGCUGCUUCCCCUGCAGGAGUCAGCAGGGAUCGUACAGCGGCAGCGUUCGCAACUGCCGAUGCUGUCGCACGUCAGUCUUCAUCAUCUCGCUCGCCUCUGCCUCGUGGGCCCACUUCUCCAUCGGUGGCGAGGCGCUCGGAUGAUGACCAUUCGGCCCCGGCAAUGCAAAACACGCCCGAUCAUGCAACCUUCUUGACGCCGAUAGAAGUUCUCAUGCGUACCCCAGCAGGCGGGGGGUCCAUAGGCUGUAAGUCGACGAGGGAAGAGAAGCGGGAAGAGAAGCAGGGGCACUGUCGACAGUGUACCGCAUCGGAUGACGCAACGCCGACAAGCCGUGCCGAAACAAGUCGCAGGGCGAACGAAGAGUCGUUGCACCCGUCUGGGUGGGUGCAUGGCCAGGCGCCGAACGUAAGAGCAGUGGGAACAAGUGGACAAUCGGCAGAUGAACGCACGUCAAUACCGACUCCUUUGGCGGGCGACUUUGUCGGCAGAGACACGGGCGGCACUAACGUGAGGCAUCGAUCUCGGGCUGCGAGCAGCGGCACCGGGGACGCUCUCUCCCGUCUGUCGCGAGGCAGCAGUAGCGGCAGCAGCAGCGGCGGAGGAGGCACGCGACGUUCAAGUCGAGGCUUGUCGACUGGGGGGGCUCGGCAGACGACGGACCAAAACCCUGAUGAACGGGACGGUGGAGAAUGCAUGAAUGUUGAAGUGGGUUCGGCACGGGCGGAAAAGAAUGGCGCUCACGCUUUGGAGGACGAGUUGGAUGGUAUGGAGGAUGAGGGAGGGGCACUGUUGGGCCGGCAUCAUGCUGCAUUGUUGCGUGUGGUUCGCGAGCAGGAGGAUCGCGGAAAGCAGAUGAUACGCCGCUUCGAGGCGAAGGAAUGCGACUGGCUUGAACGGGUGACAACUCUAGAGGCCGACCUACAAGGUUUGCGGGCGGAGGCGGUCGAGACAAGGGGUCGACUGCGAAGAGCGGAGGAAUCAUCACCAUCAGCCGAAGUGUUCAAACGGUACGAGGCCCACGUCGGAAUUCUCGAGGCGGAGAACACCUCCCUCCGAGACCGGAACAUCUCGCUCGAGCUGAGACUGCUGGAUAUCCUCCGACAAUCGACGGCGGCUGCUUCGUCGAGGGGGGGAACGACCUUAGAAACCGAAACCAACUCCCAUCUUUCCCCGUCAGGGUGCCACCAACACCAACAUCAUGCCGCGCUAUUCUCGACGAGGGCGACCACUGCCGGCGAGAAGGAGGGGAACAAGGACAGUGAAAUUUGUCCCAAACAGCACAAAUACGGCACUGGUGCGCUUCAGCAAUCAGAUGCAUCAGCAACAGCCUGCGUCGAUGGCGGUACUACAUCUAGGUUCAGGGUGGAUGGGAGCGUACCAGUGUCCGGGAGCGUGGGAGAGGCGGGAAAGCCAUGGGCAAGCGGGGGGGCGCCGAUGUGCGCUGCGGUGCUGAAAGACUUGCGACGGCGGUUGAAGGAAGCGGAGCUGGAGGCGAAGGAAAUGAGGGCGGAAAGGGCGGCGGUGGACAAGCGCGAUCGACUCUGUCAAGCUCAGCUCCGGACGUUGAAGGAGCAGAGAUCGAAGCUGAGAGAGUUCAUGCUCAGGGAGAGGGAGCUCGAGGCCAAGCUAACCGCAAGCCGCCUCGAGUCGGCGCGGGCGGAGGUGGCCGCUGAGGACAAGGCGGCGGAGGUUGAACACCUGCUCGAUAACCAGGCCGCGUUGGUGGCGGAAAGAGAAGACCUGGUUCUCGCGCUUGCAGAGGAGAGGAAAAAGAGCCGCCAGUUCGACGAAGAUCGCGUAGCGUACGGACACAUUCGGCGUUUCAUCGAGCGGCACGCCGGCGGCCGGCCUGCGGAGUGGGACAAAGAGGAAUCAGUGGUCGGACACGAUCAGGUUAAGGAUGUGGGUGCUCGAAGACCCGCCGAUAAUUUGGAAAGCGUGGGGAAAGAACGAAAAUAUCCUUCUCUUCAUCGUCAGCAAGUCGUUGGGAUGGGUAAUACCCCUGGUGGUGCUCCGAGAGGGCAUCGUGAGGCGGGGGAAAGGGUGAAGGAGUCGGCAAUGCGGACCUUAGAUGAGAGGAUGGCGACAAGGAGAAGCAGUGGUGGCCGUGCUGUCAAUGGUGUCGAGGAGGGCGGUGGUUGUGGUGGUUCGUUUGAAACCCUCCGACCACGAAAGAGCGCGAGCACGAUUGAUGCCACACCGUCUGGUAGUUGCCAGGGCGUCGCCACAGAUGGCAGCCGGCACUUGUACUCCGAUGUUUACAGGCACAAGUUGAGUGCUCGCGUUGGGGCAAAUUGUCGAAACGAUGACGACGCCCGUUCCAGCUACGGCACUGGUGCUGCCCGCUUUCGUGAAGACAGCAGCAACUACAGCCAUAGUCACUACGCGUUGAAGUUCACCGGUGGAAGCGAACGGAUAGGGAAGGUCGACCCUCUUGUGCAGAGAACCCCGCUGAAAGGCUCGCUGAAGGCGGAGUGCAGCCGCAAGGCCGAUGGCGGAUAUUCCUCGCACGGGAAAACGGCGACGCCCGACGACGAUUGGCCAAGUGGUGGCGGAGGAGAACACGGUCCUGGCGUUCACGAUAACGAGAAUGCCGAGUACUACGAUAGUAGUUUCGCCACGGCAAAAGCGGUGGAGGGCUAGGGAGUGUCAGAAACGAACAACACAGUCGUACAGACAACAAUAAUGGGAUGGUCGAUGAGCGAUGCUGUCUACCAUGCCUGCCUUCGAUGAUUGUGUGCUCGGGAUCAAGCAGGACGAUCAUUCGCUUGUUGCGGAAGGGGGCCGGCGAAGAGACAUCAACGCGACGGCGUGGCGGCAGCUGGUGUACGGCGAGAAUAGCAUGGAGUAGUGAAAACACGGUUCUCGUGGACCCGUCCCCGCAGGACCUUUAUCGAGGAAGACAGCGGAUUCUCAACAAGAGAGCUGAAAGAGAGGCUGCGCCCUGCCUAGGGAUGAAGAGUAUAUCAGGCUUGAAAAACCGUCUCCUGUAGGUCAAAUCGUAUAAAUGAAUGUUUCAAGGAAACGAAGACGGUGUCUUUCCAACGGACGAAGUGUACAGGUGGGCGCUUACG